AUGCAGUACUUGAUUGUUCUUGCUCUCGUAGCGGCCGCGUCCGCCAACGUGUACCACGACGGUGCCUGCCCCGAAGUCAAGCCAGUCGACAACUUCGACUGGUCAAACUACUACGGUAAAUGGUGGGAAGUCGCCAAAUACCCCAACUCAGUUGAGAAGUACGGAAAGUGCGGAUGGGCUGAAUACACCCCUGAAGGCAAGAGUGUCAAAGUUACGAACUACCACGUAAUCCACGGCAAGGAGUACUACAUUGAAGGAACAGCCUACCCAGUUGGUGACUCCAAGGUUGGAAAGAUCUACCACAAGCUGACUUACGGAGGUGUCACCAAGGAGAACGUAUUGAACAUCCUCUCCACUGACAACAAGAACUACAUCAUCGGAUACUACUGCAAAUACGACGAGGACAAGAAGGGACACCAAGACUUCGUCUGGGUGCUCUCCAGGUCCAAGGUCCUUACUGGUGAAACCAAGACCGCCGUCGAGAACUACCUUAUCGGCUCCCCAGUAGUCGACUCCCAGAAACUGGUAUACAGUGACUUCUCCGAAGAGGCCUGCAAGGUCAACAAAUAG